GAUGUUCUAAUCAAAUUCAGUUACAAUAUUGGUAUUGGAUAAUGAAAGAUCUCACAAAAUGAGACAAAGAAUGUUUUUACCUAUUUACUUUUUAAUAUUGCUAUUCGAUUUAUCAAAGGGUGUUGAUGAAAAACCAAGCCUUUACAAUUAUGCGGGAUGUGUUAUUUCUGGAAUGCAAGAUGCAGAUUUUAACAUGGGGUACGAUAAUACCCCAAUUAAGGACGAUUUCAAGGGUACAAUAGCUACUUUCCAAACGAAGGACGUGUACGGUGUGGAAAUUAGUGGCACAAACUAUUUUAAUGCCACUUUAGAAUCUGAUACUUUACGAAUUUUUACAACAGAUGAAUACAAGAAUGUAGAACCUGAAAUAGGAUAUGAUCCUUUCCCAGAGAUAAAAUUCCAGUUAGAUCUUCAAUGUAUAAAAGGAAACAUAAGUCUUAGAUUUGUACAGCCUUUAACAGACGUUAACAACCACGAUCCUUAUUUCGAAAAAGAAAUCUAUGAGUAUAUUUACGUACAAAAUUCCUUACCAUCUAAUCAUCAAUUAACUGAUAAUCAGAGCUUGAGUGCAUUCGACAUUGAUAUGACUAAUAAUCGACUAUCAUUUUCGAUAGAAGAAAACGACUAUUUUUCGAUAGACACAGCAUCAACCGAUUCUACAACAAGGCAGACAUUUACUACAUUAACAAGUUUAAAAGAUAUUGAAGCACCAUCAACUAUAAAACUAAAUCUAAGUGCUACAGUAAGUAUAUGCUUAAUAUUAUAACAAAAAUCGAAAUGUUGAAGAGCCAAACUUAUCUCAAACUCAAACUUAUCGGCAGUUCGCCUUUAACGGAUUCCUGCAGCUGAUAUUCAAAUUUUUUGUUCCGUCGCUUAAAAUCUAUAUUCCCUAACGUCCCAAUGAUUCUGUUUUUUGCACAAAUUGAGUUAUCUUAGUCUUCACGUCGAUUCGCCAUUUAUGAUAGUUAAGUUUACUCCGUACUCUCAGUUUUACAUAACUUAUUUUUAACGUUUCCUUUUGAAAUUAGCAAAGAAUUUUAUACAUUUAUUUAGGAAUGGCUGGGAAUCAUCACAAGAUGAGUGAAGACGACAAACCGCCUCACCACUCUGUCUUAUUUGCUUCUUUAUUAUCUUGGAUUUGAGUCCUCGAUUAUUAUUAAUUUCGCUCUUAAAACAGUCGCUAAUUGAUCUACUAACCCGGUAGGUAAGGUGCACCAACCUUUGACGAGUGAUCGAAAUAAAAAUUUAUGGAUCUUAUGUAACAAUAUUUACAAAAUUCUUUAUUAACUAUACAAAUCAGGAAUCGUAAUACUAGUCGCAAUAAUAGUCUAAUUGAUUUCUACUAAACAGAAUGACCUUUAAACUAGGGUCAAUCCAAGAAAACCUGAAGGAUGGCAGCCCUAGAGCAAUAAACUAUGAAUAAAAGAAGGUGUCUUUAUUUAAAAAGACGCUACCUCAUAUGCAAUAUAUUUGCAAACUUUUAUUUAACAUAGUACUUACUUUGUUAUGCAUAAGUACAUAGCUAAUACCUCGCAAUCCACGAAAAUAUUUAAUGGAGAUUACGGCGACAACGUAUUUACAAUAGAUACCUGCUAAUGAUUCCUUCAAACCAAUAUUUACUACACCAUCUU